UAAAAUCACAGAAGAAGCAUACUCUAAAACCAACUAUGGCUCUUCGUUUCUCUUUAAUUUUCCUAUUUUCUCUUUUCUUAACGACGUCGUUAUUGUUGUCCGUUAACGGCAACAUUAACGGCGGUGAAGAUGACGAUAUUUUGAUCCGUCAAGUCGUAGGCGACGACGACGAUCACUUGUUAAACGCCGAUCAUCACUUCACGAUUUUUAAGAGGAGGUUCGGCAAAACCUACGCGUCCGAUGAGGAGCAUCAUUACAGAUUCUCGGUGUUCAAGGCUAACUUGCGCCGUGCAAUGCGCCACCAGAAGCUUGAUCCCUCCGCCGUUCACGGUGUGACUCAGUUUUCCGAUUUGACUCCGGCCGAGUUCCGCCGGAAUUUUCUAGGAGUUAACCGUCGGCUCCGGCUUCCUUCUGAUGCCAAUAAAGCUCCUAUUCUUCCUACUGAGGAUCUCCCUUCAGGUUUCGAUUGGAGAGAUCACGGUGCCGUCACGUCAGUAAAGAAUCAGGGUUCAUGUGGCUCGUGCUGGUCAUUUAGUACCACUGGUGCGUUAGAAGGUGCCACCUAUCUUUCUACAGGGAAGCUUGUAAGCCUCAGCGAGCAACAACUUGUGGACUGUGAUCACGAGUGUGAUCCAGAAGAAAAAGAUUCAUGUGACGCAGGGUGCAAUGGUGGCCUAAUGAAUAGUGCCUUUGAAUACACUCUGAAAGCUGGUGGACUUAUGCGAGAAGAAGAUUAUCCAUACACUGGCACCGAUCGUGGAACCUGCAAAUUUGACAACACCAAGGUUGCUGCUAAAGUUGCUAACUUUAGCGUUGUCUCCCUUGACGAAGAACAAAUCGCUGCUAAUCUUGUCAAGAAUGGUCCUCUCGCUGUGGCGAUCAAUGCAGUGUUCAUGCAGACAUACGUUGGCGGAGUUUCCUGCCCAUAUAUAUGCUCUAAGAAGUUGGAUCAUGGUGUCUUAUUAGUUGGUUAUGGUACUGGCUUUUCUCCCAUUAGAAUGAAAGAGAAACCAUACUGGAUCAUCAAGAACUCAUGGGGAGAGAAAUGGGGUGAAAACGGAUACUACAAAAUCUGUAGAGGCCGCAAUGUUUGCGGAGUGGAUUCAAUGGUUUCAACAGUUUCAGCUGUUAGUACCAGCUCACACUGAAAAUUCACGUCUAUUUUAACCGACUACACUAUCACUGUAAAUUAAGUGUAAGCUAGUAUUUUCCAGGACCCAUCAAUCAAUUGGGCCAUUCGAAUUGUUAUUGCUUCAAGAAAAUAGACAAUUUGUAUUCGAUUAAAUUCCAUUUUACCAAAACUCCAAAAUAAAGCACUUUCGUCCGUCCCCCUCUA